AUGGGAGUGCCAUCAACAGAAAAUCUGAAAUUGAGGAAACAUUCAGUAAGCGAAAAUUAUGAUAAAACUUUCUCUGGCUUGAUUCAGAUUUCGGAAUACUGGAUAUUGCACUCACAUGAUCCUUUGUGGGUUCCAGAGGAUGGAAUACGUGUGAAAAUCUGCAGUUGGGUCGAACCAAAGGUCGACAUUAUUAUUUCUCAAACCAUCACUGCGGCUCGCCGUAACGUCGAAAUUGCCACUAGUGCUAAAACUAUUGUCAUCGGAAAUGGUACGUUCCACCGUCAUUUUAUCGUCUCCUGGGGCGAGAGUCGUGCUCGGAUACUCGAGGACGGCGAGUUACUUGAGCUCUCACUCGACAAAUUAUCAGGAUCAGGCUUCGAGUCCAAGAAAGAAUUCCUAUUUGGAAAGAUUGAAAUGCAAAUAAAGCUUGUUCCUGGUGACUCGGCAGGAACUGUCACAACUUACUACUUAUCAUCGGAAGGUGAUCACCAUGAUGAGAUAGACUUCGAGUUUCUCGGCAAUUCAAGUGGGAAUCCAUACACUCUUCACACAAAUGUGUUUAGCCAAGGAAAGGGUGAAAGAGAACAACAAUUCUUCCUAUGGUUUGAUCCAACUGAAGAUUUCCACACGUAUACCAUUCUUUGGAACCCUAGAUGCAUAAUCUUCUACGUGGACGGCAUUCCAAUUAGAGAAUUCAAAAACUUAGAAAGACGACGAGUUCCAUUCCCACAAGAUCAACCUAUGAGAAUAUACUCAAGUUUGUGGGAUGCAGAAGAAUGGGCGACGCAGCAUGGUCUGGUUAAAACAAACUGGACUUUGGCACCCUUUACUGCUAGAUACAGAAAUUUUUCAGCAGAAGCUUGCGUUUGGUCAUACAGAACUAAAUCUUCUGCUUGUAACUCUAAUGACUUUAAGUCAAGAAGAUGGCUAAAAACGGGGUUGGAUUCAAAAAGCCGUGCAGAAAUGAAAAGACUGCAGAAGAAGCAUAUGGUAUAUGAUUAUUGUAAGGAUAAAUGGAGAUUUCCUAAGGGUCCUGGAAGAGAAUGCAAAUUUCAGUAG